CUUUGCUCUUGUUAGCUUCAAGGCAUAAUCACAGCGGCAGCUUUGAGAGGUGGACACCUAGGUCCCUGAAGUGAUCUCUAGGCCCCCAGCCCCAACCCGCCGCCAUUCCGUGCUGCAGGGACACCAUGGCUCCUGAGGAAGACGCUGGAGGGGAGGCCCUAGAGGGCAGUUUCUGGGAGGCCGGCAACUACAGGCGGACGGUGCAGCGGGUGGAGGAUGGGCAUCGGCUGUGCGGGGACCUGGUCAGCUGCUUCCAGGAGCGUGCCCGCAUCGAGAAGGCCUAUGCCCAGCAGCUGGCCGAAUGGGCCCGCAAAUGGAGGGGCGCCGUGGAGAAGGGCCCUCAGUAUGGCACGCUGGAGAAGGCCUGGCACGCCUUCUUCACGGCGGCCGAGCGGCUGAGCGCGCUGCACCUCGAGGUUCGGGAGAAGUUGCAAGGGCAGGACAGUGAGCGUGUGCGUGCCUGGCAGCGGGGGGCCUUCCACCGGCCUGUGCUGGGUGGCUUCCGAGAGAGCCGGGCUGCCGAGGACGGCUUCCGCAAGGCCCAGAAACCCUGGCUGAAGAGGCUGAAGGAGGUUGAGGCUUCUAAGAAGAGCUACCAUGCAGCCCGGAAGGAGGAGAAGACUGCCCAGACACGGGAGAGUCACGCGAAGGCAGACAGUGCUGUCUCCCAGGAGCAGUUGCGCAAGCUGCAGGAGCGGGUGGAACGCUGCACCAAGGAGGCCGAGAAGGUGAAAACCCAGUACGAGCAGACGUUGGCAGAGCUGCACCGCUACACCCCACGCUACAUGGAGGACAUGGAGCAGGCCUUCGAGACCUGCCAGGCCGCGGAGCGCCAGCGGCUCCUCUUCUUCAAGGAUGUGCUGCUUACCUUACAUCAGCACCUCGACCUCUCCAGCAGCGAGAGGUUCCAUGAACUCCACCGUGACCUGCAUCAGAGCAUCGAGGCAGCCAGUGAUGAAGAGGAUCUGCGCUGGUGGCGUAGCACCCACGGGCCGGGUAUGGCCAUGAACUGGCCGCAGUUUGAGGAGUGGUCCUUGGACACACAGAGGACAAUCAGCCGGAAGGAGAAGGGUGGCCGGAGCCCGGAUGAGGUUACUCUGACUAGCAUCGUGGCCACAAGAGAUGGCGCCGUGCCCCCACCCCAGUCCCUGGGGUCCCCAGGUGGUGGGCACGAGGAGGAGUGGUCAGAUGAGGAGAGUUCCCGGAGGGCUGCGGCCGGGGUGCGGGUGCGGGCACUCUACGACUACGCUGGCCAGGAAGCUGAUGAGCUGAGCUUCCGAGCAGGGGAGGAGCUGCUAAAGAUGAGCGAGGAGGAUGAGCAGGGCUGGUGCCAAGGCCAGUUACAGAGUGGCCGUAUUGGCCUGUAUCCUGCCAAUUACGUGGAGUGUGUGGGGGCCUGACCUACCCUCACAGCCGGUCUGCAAUGUUUCUCCACCCUGAGUCGGAGCCCAGCUUCUUCUGGACAGCCGGACCUGAGGGCCCUGAACCAUCGUGCUGCUGCUGCCCCUCUGUCCCCUGAGGAGGGAGGAAGUCCUGGGACCCAGGGAGGGGAGGGGCCUGCGUCUAGGAAGGGACUGGUAGGGAAGGGCCAGCGGAGUGUAGGCUGAGGGUAAGAUGGGGGAGUCAGGAGGUGACAGAAGGGCUCAGGGAUGCCUGGGCUUCCCCAGGAGCCGUGCACCUAGUACCUGGUCUCUGUGUUUUAGGGUUCCUGGGGUGGACUUGGGGUGAGUGUAGUUCUGGGCUAGCAGCACCCUCUUUUGUGGCUUGUUCUAGUGUGUAUUAAACUUGGGG